CAGCAUGAGUCUCCACGGGAAAGUGGCUCUGGUCACCGGCGGCGCGCAAGGCAUCGGAAGAGCCGUGGUGGAAGAUCUCCUGGGGAAUGGGGCGAAGGUUGCACUGGUAGACCUGAACCAGUCUGUGGGAGAGGAAUGUAAAAGUGAUCUAGAUGGCCAGUUUGGAGAGGAUAACUGUAUUUUUAUCCAGUGUGACGUGACGGACGGGGGGAAACUUAAAGAUGCCUUUCAAAACACAGUAGAGAAGUUUGGACGGCUGGAUAUUGUCAUCAAUAAUGCUGGAAUCAACAACGAGAAGAACUGGGAAAAAACCAUUGAAGUAAAUUUGACAUCCGUCAUAAAGGGGACAUAUUUAGCACUAGAACACAUGAGUAAAGAGUACGGAAAGGAAGGAGGGGUUAUCAUCAACGUCUCAUCUAUGGCAGGAAGCAGGUCACCUUGCUGACUACACAAAUGAAAUGCAGCCAGCCACAUACCAGCACAAACCAUAACAAUGCAUGGAAGUUUGUUGAGAUUGAACCCAAGAAUCAUCUUUUUGUUGAUAUACAUUUUUAAAAUAAAAUAAAAUAACAAAGGACAAACUAAUUUUUAAUGUGAUGCGGCAGCAUUUGAUAAACACACUUAAUACAUCUACCCGAGUAGGUGUCAGCAUUAAAGGAACUCUCCACUUUUUUUCAAAAUAGGCUCAUUUUCCAACUCCCCUAGAGUUAAACAGUUGAGUUUUACCGUUUUCGAAUCCAUUCAGCCGAUCUCCGGGUCUGGCGGUACCACUUUUAGCAUAGCUUAGCAUAGUUCGUUGAAUCUGAUUAGACCAUUAGCAUCUCGCUCAAAAAUGACCAAAGAGUUUCGAUAUUUUUCCUAUUUAAACCUUGACUCUUCUGUAGUUACAUCGUGUACUAAGACCGACGGAAAAUGAAAAGUUGCGAUUUUCUAGGCCGAUAUGGCUAGGAACUAUACUCUCAUUCCGGCGUAAUAAUCAAGGAACUUCGCUGCCGUACCAUGGGUGCAGCAGGUGCAAUGAUAAAAAGUAGAGUGUUCCUUUAAAGUGCCCCAUUAUGCUUUUUCGGAUAUUACCUUUAACAUAGUUUGUUAUAUAGCUGUUUAUGAAUGUAAAAAGUUUGCAAAGUUUCAAAGACAACAAAUGCAUGAUAAAUGGAGUUAUCGUCUCCCAAAAGAAACUGUCUUCCUAACUGUCUGAAACAAGUCAUCAGUAAAUCCAGUCUUACUUCCUGCACGAACCUAUGUUGAUUUGUUACAAAUUUGUAUAAUGCUAGCCUAUGGUUUUCAUUGGCUUCCCACGAAUAAUGUCUACUUUAAAUCGUCCUCAAACACUGCAAUUAUUUAAGGCCUGGAAGAGUUUGGUUCAUGUUGUCGAAUUUUGUUCAUGUUGUCCAAGGAAAGGACUUGAGCUUGAACUAUCUUUGUGUAUACAAGUGCUGAGGAAGCCUUCAUACAGCUGAGGAGCUGUAAUUCAGAUAUGGUCAUGGGCAUUUCGUUAUUGACAAGUGUUGUAAGAGGUAGACAAAUCACAACAGACUGGGCCAUCUGACCAAUCAGAGCAGAGUAGGCUCUUGGAAAGGAGGGUUUUAAAGGGGUUUUAUUGAACCAUUUCAGACACUGUGAGAAAAAAAGGUGAUGCAGCAAUGUAUAUUAUGAACAAAUUAAAGUGUUUUUUUGUUUUGUUUUGUUUUUUACCUUGCAUGUGAACCUAUUGUAGGAGACCCCAAAACAAAAUGUAAAAUCACAGGAUAGGGCUAUUUUAAGUCCAAGACCACUGCAUCAAUGAAGGGCCAGUGUAAAAUAUACAAAAACUUUUUGGGAACAGCCAUUUCAACAGUCAGGAAAUUGCAAAGUGUGAGACAUUUUGCAAAAUGUAAAAUCUGUCUCACACUAAUCAUUUACAUUAAAUUACUGGGACAUUCCUUGCUUUAAUAUUGUAUAACCCUGUGCUCUAUCUCUGACUAUUCACACAAGCAAAUCCAAGUUCCCACUAAAAAAUAU